GCUGAUAUGCGUAUUACAUUUAUGAAUAUACCUUAUGAACAAGGAAUAGUUAUGUAACGUAUUGUAGUGGCGGAAACAUGCACAGUACUUACUGAGAAAACCGGAAGUAAAAGGUGAAAUCCAUUGACUUCUUCAGACAACUGUGUGGACUACACUUUAUCGAGCUGGCUAACAGGCAACGGAACGCUAAGUAUUGUCCUGACAGAGGAACAGUAUGGCAGCGGCUGUGCUGAGGAGCUGGGGGAGAGUUGUGCUGAAAAUAGGACCGAGAGGAGCCGCUUGUCUUACGCCUCGGGCCUCCGGAGGUCUCAGGCAAAAGUCUACAGUGCAGUUUGCGACACGGCCAGACCAGCCAAAGCUGGCCUAUCGGAAGGUGAAGGGAAAGAGCCCGGGCGUGGUCUUCCUCCCAGGCUUCUCCUCCAACAUGAGUGGGCAUAAAGCAGAGGCACUAGAGGAGUUCUGCAGGUCUUUAGGCCACUCCUACCUGAGGUUUGAUUACACGGGCUGUGGGGCGUCGGAGGGCGUGUUGGCCGAAUGCACAGUCGGCAGCUGGAAGAGAGAUGUUCUGUAUGUGCUGGAUGAACUUGUGGAUGGUCCACAGAUCCUGGUGGGCUCGGGUAUGGGCGGCUGGCUCAUGCUCCUGGCAGCCAUCGCCCGUCCAGAGAAGAUCUCGGCCCUGGUGGGCAUCUCCACCGCAGCCGAUCACUUUGUCACAGCCUUCAAGUCGCUUCCUUUAGAGGUGAGGAAGGAGGUGGAGGAGAAAGGCGAGUGGACCGUGGCCACCAAACUCAACGAGGAAGGCUCCUACACGCUGAGCAUGGACUUCCUGCACGAGGCGGAGAACCACUGCGUGCUGCAGUGCCCCAUCCCGGUGACCUGCCCGGUGCGCCUCAUCCACGGGCUGAAGGACCUGGACAUCCCCUGGCACAUCUCCAUGCAGGUGGCGGAGCGCGUCCUGGGCUCGGACGUGGACGUCAUCCUGCGCAAGCACGGACAGCACCGCAUGGGCGAGAAGGACGACAUCAAGCUGAUCGUCUACACCAUCGACGACCUCAUAGACAAACUGACCACCUUGGUGUGAGCGGGGGGAGGCGGGGCUGCGCGCUGCCACGGCGACCCCCUCCCGGGUGACUACACCGUUCCUCCCUCAGGCCGGGUUUGACCCUAUCGUGCAAGUACAGGGGAGAGGAGCGGAAACGAGGCUGCAGACUGUGAAAAAAGAAGCUUGUCUAUAACGUGCGCCUUGCGAGUGGUUUUUAAUCAUUUUUUUUUUUUUGUUCCUGUUUAUUCAGUGUUGUCUUUGUAAAAACUUUGGUCAUGCUGCUAUUUUCGGUCAACAGAGUACAGCUCCCCCACCCCCGGAGGUCUGUUCUGCUCAAACGCCAGGUUGCAUAAUUCUCUACCUGUGCCUUUUUUUUUUUAAAAACACUUUUCACACUGUUUCCCAUUGUUAAUUCACAUAAUAAACCAUAUGUUUCCCCAAGCUUGGGUGUCUCAUGACAUGUUCUCAUAACAGCCCACUGGUAUAUAAAGCAUUCUUGCAGUGAUCUUGAAGGGAACAGCCCUCUGUGAUGAAGCAUUAUUACAGUGAUCUUGAAGGGAACAGGCCUCUUUACUGAAGCAUUCUUACAGUGAUCUUGAAGGGAACAGCCCUCUCUAAUUAAGCAUUCUUAUAGUGAUCUUGAAGGGAACAGCCCUCUGUGAUGAAGCAUUCUUACAGCGAUCUUGAAGGGAGCAGCUUGCUGAUGUGAAACAUUCUCAUUCGCAGCUGCUGUUUGCAGUGCUGCACGACUCUCGCAGCUGCUCUCUAAUGAAGUUUUUUCAAAGCUAAAGAAGUGUCACAGCAGCUCUAGUGAAGCCUUCACUCGGCUCCCUGCAGUGAAGCAUUCUCACAGUUCAUUCUUGCUGUAAGGUAGUUUUCUCAGUCUGCCCUCUAACGUAGCGGCUCUGUAGUUAAGCAUUUACACAUUUGCUCUUAAAUGCAGCAGUGGACUAUAUAAUGAAGCAUUCUCACAGUUUAUCUCUGUAAUGAAGCAUUCUAACAGUUUAUUUCUGUAAAGAAGCAUCGUCACAGAAACUCUGUGAUGGUGCAUCCUACUGUAACAGCAGCUCUGUAAAGAAACAUUGCCAUAACAGCCCUCUGUAUAGAAGCAUUCUCUUAGCUGCUUUUUGUAAUGAAGCAAUGUCACAUUAACCCUGAUAGGAUGCAUGGUUACAGCAGGAAGUAUUUUUGAAGGCAUUGUUACGGUAUCUUUAAUAGCAUGCCAGCAUGGACUGUCGCAUAAAUAAGCACUGUUAAAAAGCAUUUUCAUGGUUUGUCUGACAGGAUACAUUGAAACAGCUGGAACUAUUGUUAGCCUUGUUACAGUUGCUGUCUUUUAGGAAACAUUGUAACAGCAGGAAGCAUUGCAAUGUAUUGCCACAGUAGUCUCUGACACGAUUUUCCCCAGUUUUCACUGAUUCCCCUAAUUUUUCAACCUUCAACCUUCUUGAGUUUGGGAGAACACAGGCUAGUGUGUUUCCUCAGAAGUGCGCGCUGCCUGCAGUUCAUCAUGGCACCACAGCCCCCCAGCUGAGCUGCGCUUUAAUCGCGUGGGAGGAGUGCACCGUGCUCGACCAGAGGAGCUGCUCAUGCUUGAAGAGGUGGGGGAAUCCUGCAGGGAUCUGGUGAUGCUAUCAGAAAUAUUGUGCCACACACCACUAAUGUUCUGACCACAGUCGGCACUGCCAAGUUCAGAAUUUGUUUCCAGAGCAUCUUUGUGUUCAUGUAUUUGAUUUGCUUUUUCACUUUCCCACAGGUACAUUUUUAAAGAUGUAUUUCAAAUUAGGUUUAGAGAAGGGAGAGCAUUACUAAUGUUCAAAUUUCUGAUGGAAUAUGCAUUGCUGUUUGUACGAGAUUAAACUGUGGAACAGCC